CCAGUCGCCACUUGGGGUAGUUGUGGUCUCUAGCUACAGCUCAUGGCUGCUCGACAACUGUAAAAGCAAUGAGUAGGCGGGGCUCCCGGUGUACCCUCUCCCUCUCCAUUUACACUCGCUAAACACGCCAACCCGAAAACUUAAAAUCCUCCAAACCACCUGGCGAGAAACACACAGCAGCUCGUCCACCAUCAGCGUCGACACAGUUAGUUUUCCUCCACUUUUUAAAACCUCUGAGGGAAGCUCGCGGUCUUGGAUCACUGCUCCAUGCUCUCCUGCAAGAUCUCCAAGGGUACGUGACCUCUCCAACGCUCCCCUGUGACCUCUGAAUCCCAGCCAACCUUCUACCACUCCCCCAUAGGCCGGACUGUCAUCCAUGGCGCUGGAGAAGCUCCUGCAUUUCGGGAAGCAGUUGCUGCGGGUGAAGGUGGUGAACUGUAACACAGAGGACUCCCGCCUGUCGCGAUGUCUUAACACUUUUGACCUGGUGGCACUGGGUGUGGGCAGCACGCUGGGCGCCGGCGUCUAUGUGCUAGCCGGGGCUGUUGCACGAGAGAAUUCAGGUCCUGCUAUUGUGCUGUCUUUCCUGAUAGCAGCCUUGGCCUCAGUGUUGGCCGGUCUAUGCUAUGCUGAGUUUGGAGCCCGUGUUCCAAAGACAGGUUCAGCUUAUCUGUACUCCUAUGUGACAGUAGGGGAGCUCUGGGCGUUCAUCACGGGAUGGAACCUCAUCCUCUCCUAUAUCAUCGGUACCUCCAGUGUGGCCCGUGCAUGGAGCGCCACCUUCGACGAGUUGGUAGGGAAGCGCAUAGAGCAGUUCUGCAGAGAAUACAUGUCUAUGAAGGCUCCGGGUAUAUUGGCAGAAUACCCCGACAUGUUUGCUGUUGUCAUCAUAAUCACCCUCACAGGUCUUCUGGCAUUUGGGGUAAAAGAGUCAGCGAUGGUGAACAAAGUUUUUACAUGUAUCAACGUCCUGGUCCUGUUGUUCAUGGUGAUCUCUGGGCUGGUCAAGGGUACUAUGAAGAAUUGGCAGCUCGACCCUGAUGAGAUCCUUCAUGCCAAUUCCACCAACUCCAGUCUCAAUCUGACAGUUGUCCUGCCAACCAAAGAGAGUUUAGGAGUGGGCGGCUUCAUGCCAUUCGGUUUCACAGGCGUCCUCUCAGGAGCUGCUACCUGUUUCUACGCCUUUGUCGGAUUCGACUGCAUCGCCACCACAGGUGAAGAGGUGAAGAACCCGCAGAGAGCCAUCCCUAUCGGCAUCGUGUCCUCGCUGCUCAUCUGCUUCGUCGCGUACUUCGGUGUAUCCGCUGCCCUCACCCUCAUGAUGCCGUACUACCUGCUGGACAGCAACAGCCCUCUGCCUGUAGCUUUUAAAUAUGUGGGCUGGGGAGGAGCUAAAUACGCUGUAGCUGUAGGCUCUCUGUGUGCUCUGUCGACCAGCCUGCUGGGUGCUAUGUUCCCUAUGCCCCGUGUGAUCUGGGCUAUGGCCGACGAUGGGCUGCUUUUCAAGUUCAUGGCCGAGAUCAGCCCCCGCACCAAAACCCCGUUAAUUGCAACCCUCACCUCGGGCAUAGGGGCAGCUAUCAUGGCCUUUCUGUUUGACCUGAAGGACCUGGUGGACCUGAUGUCAAUAGGGACGCUGCUGGCCUACACAUUAGUGGCGGCCUGUGUCUUGGUGCUGAGGUACCAGCCGGAGCAGCCCAGUAUGGCGUAUGAGAUGACCAACACCCAGGAGGAGGUUGAGCUAAGCGACGGCAUCAGCAUCCCUAGUAUAGGCAUCCUGCCUGGUGUGGAGGAACGGUUUAGCUUCAAGGCGCUGCUAUUCCCAGACAACCCAGAGCCAUCCAUGUUGUCGGGCUUCUCCGUCAAUGUCUGUGCUUCUCUCAUGGGGACGUUGAUCCUGGUGUUCAGUGUACUGGCUGUGCAGGGAGGCUUCGCUGUGUGGAACUUGGUAGCCCUCAGCAUCAUCUUUAUGGUGUGUCUCUUCCUCACUUUCAUCAUCUGGAGACAACCUGAGAGCAAGACAAAACUAUCUUUCAAGGUUCCAAUGCUGCCCUUCAUCCCAGUGAUCAGCAUGUUUGUGAAUGUCUACCUGAUGAUGCAGCUGGACAGAGGCACUUGGAUACGAUUUUCAGUCUGGAUGGCCAUAGGAUUCGUGAUCUACUUCUGCUAUGGCAUUCAUCACAGCGCUGAGGCCGCAAUGGCCCGCUCAUCUCCAGACACGGAGAUGACCAUCUCCAAGCACAGUCACGAUUCGGAGACCGUGUCGCAAGAGAAGGAGGCCUUCCUUCACAACGGAAUCGGUGGGGAGGAGCUUGACGAUGGGGAUUUGUAGGAAGCAUCGGAACAUGCUGCGUAUAUGUCAACCUGCCCUGACGCCCAGCCUGUCUGUGUAAGAGUAUUUCUGAAAGGACAACUCCCAGCCCCUCAGUGGCGGUUCUCCUUGUUGGGGAAAGUAAUGAUAAAAUAAAGGUUUGGCCUAAAAUUCCCAGAUGUGUAACGUUCCCCCUUCAACUGCCGGGUAGAGCGCAGGCGGCUGGUGAUAAUCUUAUCAUCCUAAAACAGAACAUUUAUAAACAUGACUUGUAUUAUUUCAGUUUUGUGAGACAGGCUUGUCACUCCCUUGUGCUUGGCCUUGAGGUUCAGCUGCUGUCUGAAGGGGGGAGGGCUUCAUGUUGGAGACAGGAAACAUGUUUCAGGGAGGGUCAGAGAUACUGGGAACCAUAAUAUUUUAUUGUCUUCAUGUUAGGGUUGUAACUUGUUCAGAGAGUGUCUGGGUUACAUUUCUGGCAGCAGGACCAUGUGCACAUGAAAUUACAGCUGUGGUCUUGUUGCCAGAAAGUUCUGCGGUGAUGCAUAAAUCAGUGCUGUAAUCAAUAAUAAUUAUGUACAGCUACUGCACCUUAUUUACAUGGACCUGAAAAUCUGAUAACACAUCAGUACUGAAUACAGAUUUAUACCAAUAACGCUUAAACCCGAUAAACUCUUAUGUAACUGAUGUUGAAAUGCUCCCAACGGUCCCCUCUGACGGGCGGCAGCUUGCACAACAGGCCCUGCAGCACACUCUGCUUGUCGGUGAUGUAAUUACCCUCGUUCAGCAGCAGAACUGGAACUGCAGGAAGCUGUAACUCACACUUUCCAUGUGUCCGACUUAAAGUCUGAAUGAUUACGUUGAUAUGACCUGAGGCCCGAGGGUUGUGCUUGCAGACACUGGCAGUGUGUCGUGGUUACACACUGUGGUUUUAAUUCAUGCAAGAAGCAGUCGAGAACAUGGACGUCACCGCACAUUAUGAUGCAGGAUUUGUGUUUAAAGAAAAUAUUCUUCUGGUCGGUUUCCCAUGCAGAUACAGUCAGAGGAAAUGAUCCGGUCUAAAGCGGAACAGAAAUAUUUUACAUUUUCAACAGAUAUCUGAUUUAAAUGCAAUUCACAGUGAUAGUUUUUUAAAUACCCUCUUAUUUGUAAAAUCGAAUACUCUGGGUGAAAGUAUGGGAUCUGAGUUGUGAAUCCUGGAACAUGUUGAACAUCAGGCGCAGACAUUGCUGAAUGCCAGUUAAUUUCAAGAAUCACUAGAUCAUAGUGGGUUUUCACAGUGCUGGCUGCUGUGUCUUUUAGCAUCUGUAGCUUAUUGAAAAAAACAGGCUGCCUUUUUGAAAAUGUUUUAUUUGGAUUGAUGUGUAUUUGUUCUCAAUUUUAUUUCAAAGCUUUUCUCAUGUUUAUUAAUGUCUUUUUGUUACCCACGUUCUAAAACAUAUCAUUUCCAGUGUUUUUCAAAUUAUGAAUCUGACUCAACUUCAUUUUUCAGUAAAAGCCUAUGAAGAAUUUGAUCAGGUAGAAUUUCAUCACCCAUGUUUACGUUUAUUUCCAUUUUUUUAGUUGCUUUAUACAACUUUUUUGUGCUGUACUACUCCCCAAGACCUGUGAACCGAUUUUAACAUGUAGUUCCCCUUUGAGAAAAUAUUCAUUAAUCAUUUAAAUGCUGUGAUAUUCAUUGAUCAACACUUAUUAUCAACAUAUCAUCAAUAGUCAUCAUUUGUUUCAACCUUUCAGAGCGUUAACUAUUUUGUUCUGUGUUUUGGGAGUCCCUCACAAAGUUGUACAUGUGUAUUCAUCAUAAUCAUGUGUAUAUAGAAUGCUGUGUAUAUUUCUUGCAGUAAAUUAUUUGUAAAUUGGGGAAAGGAUGUAUUUUGAUGACUUAUUGUCAUUUUUAUUUGUCUUUAGGUUAUUUUUGGCUUUGUUGCUUUGCUUGUAUCAAACACUGUGUUUGCAUUAUCAGUGCAACUAAAACUGUAUCGUCAGAGUUGGUCAAAUAAAUCACAGUCUUGAUUUUCUUAUGAUCCGUGUCUAACAUAAGCAGAAUUGUCAUUUUAAUGAAAGUUAUCAAGUCUUCACCGCUGUCUGCGGUAUAUGGACGGAUUAUUACAUAUGACUGUGAAAUUUUGGUGCAGCUUGGUGGAGGUAUGUUCUCUACUGAGUGUCAAAGAAAUUAACUCUUCAUAGUACAACUUGUUACAACAUGAAACUUCAUCACAUUUACACUCAACGGACAAUAACAGCUUAAAGUGUGUGUGUGUGUGCGUGCGUGCGUGUGUCAGACAGUUCAGAGGGAGUCAUGUGCAUCUUUGGUGAACUUGUUGGUACAUGUCGUGCCAAACCUCAGUGUUUACCUCGGACAGAAAUACUCAGUGUACAUACAUAUACUCUAUAAAUAGAUGAAGGGAAGGGACUUCUUUCCGCCUCCUGUGAUGCUGCUUUUAAACUCUGACCUUAGCUCUCCCCUUUCGUAACGUGUGUCGGUGACCAGCUGCUUCCUGUUUGUCAUGUGGUUAUAAUGAAAUUAUUUUCUCUGACUUUUUCUUUUUUGUUGCCUCUUUUGUAGAUGUGUUAGAAAUUGUUAAUAUUGUUGAAAAAUCACAAAAGCAGUCUGGCUACUGGGGUCACAUCGGUGCAUUUAUCGUUGUUGUUUCUCAGUUAUUCAUUGUCUGUUCUGUUUUCCUUCUACUCAACUUGGCCUCACUGACGGAGGACGGGAUCUUCCUCCUGCUGCAUUAAUGGCAACAUGGUUGACGAGACACGUGCCUUGUGAUAAACACGAAAGGUUUGUCAUGACUUUUUGUGGAUCCUUCAAGUCAUUACACAGCAGUGGAGAAGUGGAAACAUAGAAACUUCAAUAUCAGUAUCAACAUGUAGCCAUUUACUCUUACAAGUUACGUUUUUGUUUUUGCUUGUCACAAUGUCUGUUUCUUCUUGUUAAAGUUUGUAUGUUUCAUGCACAUCUCCCUGUAAAUAAAACGAGGUG